AUGACCUCGUUUGGCUGCGAGUACCGCGCCCACAUUCGCUGUGACAACGGAUUGUGCGCCGGUCGGAACGUCCGCACCGGCCGCUCUCUCUGCCUGACCUCGCUGACGUGUCCAUCGCACCGGCCGUACCUCUGUCCGGACUAUUCCUGCGCGGCGCACCCGUUCUAUUGCCCUUCGAUUCAGUUCUGCCCCGAAGGGACCUACACGUGCUCGGAUUAUUCCUGCUCUACAGAGCCCUGCGUCGAAGAGGAGUCCAUGUGUCCCGUCUCUCGCCCCGUCAAAUGCGACGACGGCCAGUGCGUCUCCACGAUUCUGGACUGUCGGAACAUGGAAGGCUGCAUGGCUCCCUACGAAUGUUUCAUUGCUCCUCUCUCCUCCCCUUCAGACCAAUGCUUCGACGGCUCCUGCGUCCUCUCCUACCAGUCCUGCCCCCACGCCGACUGCGACGCCCUCGCCGCCGAGCUCGGGCUCUCCAUUCCCCUCUCUACCUGCUGGAACGGCGAGUGUCUCGUCGAGGGAACCUGCCCUCCCCUGCCCUCCUGUCCGCUCGACUAUCCCGUUCGCUGCCCCGACGGCACCUGCCAGAAGUCCGCGCAGCUCUGCGCUCCGCAGGACGCAGCGGGCGCGCAGGCGGCCACGUACAGCGACUGCCCCGCGGGGACGACGCGCUGCCGGACCGGGGAAUGCCUGGAAGUGUGCUACGGAGUGAACGGGUGCGGCGUGAGCGAAGGAAUGUGUCCGAAUGGGGUCUGCGUCCCGCUGAUCACCUCCGAUUUCACCGGGGAAACCGAGUUCAGCGAGCGCUGCCCGACCACGUGCCGCGCUGGAGAGUGCCUGAACGUGAUCCCGUGCACGCUGUCGUCGCCGAUCUCGCUGACGAUUUCGCCGUUUUUCGAUCAUGAAUUGCCGAUUGUGCUCAACAACAAGCAGGUCAAUCUCGCGAUCCUCGUUCCCUCCGGCCUUCUCCCACCCUCGUUGGAGAACGUGCUCGAUCUUUUCCCCGUUUCCACUUCGUUUUUGAGCGAAACCGCGGGGGACAGCGGCUACUCGGCGACGGAGCUUUUCAUUUCGGGCGUGUUCGAGAUCACAACGCAUCACACCUACCCCAGAACCGCGAUUUCGGUGAUGGAGACGGUGGAUCACGUGUUCAGCGUUCCGAUCACGCUCGAAAUCCGCAACAUUCGCUCGGAGAAGUUCGAUUUGGAGGAGUGGUGUCUGGGGAAAUACACGGAGAAUGGCUGGGUUUGCGACGGCGAUUUGACCGAAGUGGAUCGCGCCGUGUAUCGAACCCUGCUGAAGAGCACGGGGAUCUUCGCGAUUUAUUACCGAAUUCCGGAAUCGGGCGUGAUCGUGAUCACGGAAGAAUCGAAGAUGAAGAUCACCGCGAUUUCCAUUUUGACGGUGUCGUACAUCGUCGUGUUCGUUCCGCUGUUCUACGUGUUCUGGCGAUUGCUUCGCUUUAGAAAGAAGCUGGAAAAGGCGAAGACGCUGCUGGAGCUGAAUGUGGGGGAUGCGAGAGGCGUGAGACGUAGAAUCGCGUGA